AGGGCCGUAAUAAACGAGGCAUUCCGGGGCACUUUGCCCUGGAAAAACCUGGAGGUCCUUUUUUGUGUCCUUCUUUUCUUUUCUUUUCUUUUGGCUUUACAUCUGAUUAUUCAGCUUGUUUUCACUGAAGACCGGACGGACGGGGAAUGGACGCCACGGCCAGGCUCUGGGUGUUUUGUUGUUUCUGCUCUACCUGCUCUGGGGCAGCACCAUCGCAAAUACCGGCCCGCUUCUCUGCUGCGAAGCACGGUUCCACCCAUCUCUGGAAUUAUUGGUUCCACCCACCUCUGAAAAAGUUUAAACUGUUAGGUCCACUUCUGAAAAAGCUGAAACUGUUAGGUCCACUUCUGAAAAAGCUGAAACUGUUGGUUCCACUUCUGAAAAAGGAUCAGUAUCAGUUUCACCCACCUCUGAACAGUUGAGUUCCACCAACUCUGGAAAUAAUCACCUCACGGA